CUGUGUGUCUGCCUGUCUGUCUGUCUGUCUCUCUGUCCGGCUGUGUCUGUCUGUCUGCUGUCUGCCUGUCUGUCUACCUGCCUGUCUGUCACAGUCUUUCACUGCACUGACUCCAUGUGUUAACAGGCGGAGGAGGAGUUCAACAUAGAGAAAGGUCGACUGGUUCAGACUCAGAGGGUGAAAAUAAUGGGACACUAUGAGAAGAAGGAGAAGCAGAUUGAACAACAUAAGAAAAUCCAGAUGUCUAACCUGAUGAACCAGGCGAGGCUGAAGGUGCUGAAGGCCCGUGACGACAUGAUCGGGGAUUUGCUGAACGAGGCUCGUCAGAGACUUGCAGAGAUCGCCAAGGACCCUGCGAGGUACUGCACCCUUCUGGAGGGCCUCAUACUUCAGGGAUUCUAUCAGCUGCUGGAGCCAAAGGUUACCAUUCGCUGUCGACAGCAGGAUGUAGAAAUGGUUCAGGCUGCAGUCAAUAAGACCAUACCGAUCUACAAAGAGGCAGUGAAGAAAAACAUUGACGUCAGAAUUGACCAAGACCGUUUUCUUUCAUCAGAAAUCUGCGGAGGAGUGGAGGCGUAUAAUGAUAAUGGGAAGAUCAAGGUUUCCAACACGUUGGAGAGCAGGCUAGAACUUAUGGCUCAUCAGAUGAUGCCUGAGGUCAGAGUGAACUUGUUUGGUGCCAACCCCAACCGCAAGUUCACAGAUUAGCAGUGGAUUUGAAGAGGGAGCAGUGUGGACACAGAUGGAAUAUUUAAGGUGACCACAGACUAUCACAGUGUUCAACAGCCUGCACAUUCACCUGCCAGUCAUCAGGGUCAAAGAAAAGCCAGAUUUACUUAACAGGAUGCUUUGCAUGUCCUCAUAUAUCUUUUUUAUUUUUGUACUAUGGACUUUGUUAUAAUUCAACUUGAGCUUUUACGUUUUAAUUGCCGUCUUAUUUUACUUACGGGUUGUCUAACGGACUGCUUGCAAUGGCAUUGAAAAUAUAUAUUUCCCUCCAUUGUUUUGGGUAAAGUUUGGUUUCUAACUUAUUAAAUUGACCAAAGCGGCAUGUUUAUGUCACCAAAGAUACACAUGGGCCAUUUAACUGAACAUUUUCUGUAGAUUAAAGCCUUUAGUGAGGUUGAUUAUCUGUGUUCGCCAAACAAUAUUUUGAAUAUAGAUCCUUUUAGGUAGUUUGUAUCACACUGAUGUUUGUGUUCAUUUUUGUGGUAAGUUUGAUAUCAAUUAGUUAUUUGAUGGUAUAAAAACCAGGUGAAACAUGAUGA